AUGUUCUCACAGCUGCUCGAGCGGCAGGCGUACUGCGACGUCACCCUCGCCUGUGAGGGCAAGACUCUCAGAGCGCACAAGGUGGUACUGUCAGCGUGCAGCACGUACUUCGACACAAUUCUGUCCCAGUACGAGGAGAAGGACCCGAUCGUCAUAAUGCGCGACGUGAAAUUCUCGGAUAUCAAAGUUCUGGUCGAGUUCAUGUACAAAGGAGAGAUCAACAUCGAUCACACGAGACUGUCAUCCCUGCUGAAGACCGCGGAGGAUUUGCACAUCAAGGGCCUGGCCGAGGUGAGCUGGCGCAGCGAUUCCACACAGAACGACCUGAGCAACAGCGGACACAGUCCCGGCGCGGCGCCCCCGGGCGUCGAGACGGUCCUCAGGGAAGGUGACGCCGAUGAACCACCGCCUCCGAAGCAGAGACGCAGAGGACGCCCGCCCCUCGACGAUCCACCGUCGGCCCACGAUGUCUUCACACCGAAAAUCACCUGUAUCACCGGAAACGAGGAAAUGAUGAGCGAGAGCGGCGACCACGAGAGCUGGGACGACGAGAUGAUGAUGAACGAGAAUAACGAAACGCCACUGCCGGUGCUAUCGUACAUGUCCAAGGAUGACAGCUCAUGCGAUCAAGAAAAGAAAGUGCCCGUCACACCCUCGAAUUCCAACGCGACGAACCCAUCGAUUCCCGAGCAAUUCCGAGACGUCGUGAAGAUGAACGAUUACCUGACGACAGGACGCCGCCAAGAAUUCUGGGAGGAGCCGUUCACGCGACGCGUUAUGGACGCCAUUAAGAGCAAAGAACUGGAAAUGAAGACUGCCGCCGAGAUACUCGGCGUCUCCUACGGAACCCUCUACGGCAGAUAUCGCGACAGUUAUGGUUGCCUUAAACAUCCGUAUAGAGUAAGGGACUUCUGGUCCGAGCCAGGCCCGGCGGAAGUGCUGGCCAAGCUACGAAGGAAGGAGAUCACGUUGUUCCGCGCCGCCGAGUUCCUCAAUGUGACCGUCCACACGUUGGCCACCUAUCUGUCGACGUUACAAGGACCGGACAGGAUCUCGUUGGCAGGUGAUCUGAGCGUUGCGUCGAGCGCCGUCGACGGUAGCAACGACACCGCCGAGAACAACGACACGAUGAACGAUAUACUGCAGAAGAUCAAUGCGAACGCGUCGACCACAGGGACGCCAACCACGUCGACGCCGAUAAAACGCGAGGGAGGCGGUUACAUCGAGGUGCCGACGUCCGUACCGAAAGCGGCCACCUCGGUGCUGGAGAACAAUCCGGACAUCACGAUCGUGAAGACGGAAAACAUGCCGCGCAAACGGGAAUACGCGAAGCUCUCGAACACGGAAAACAACAACGCGAAGCUGAUGAGCGGCGGCGCGGUCAGCGAGCUUACGCAGCCCCCUAUGCCGCAGCAGCAACCACAACAACAACAACAACCGUCCCAGCAACAGCAACAACAGAAGAUCACCGAUCCGCUGUCGUUAAACAACGACAACAGCAAACCCUAACUAUUCAGGCCUUAUCUGCAACCGGCGAAUCCCCGUGCACCGAGCGCUAGCUACAACAGGUCCGAGCUGUGCCCGCGCAGAUUCUAUUCGAACGUGUUUACUCGCUUUCUCACGAAUUUUCAUUUGAAGUAGUAGACAAAGACGAACUUUGUGGAGGGAACACGCGGUAUUGUUAACGUCCCGCGAGGAAAACGCGUGAUUCUUUUUUUUUUUGUUUUUUUUUGUUCUCGACGCCGCCGUCUGACUUCUCCUCCUCUCCCCAUUCGUUGACGCCUCCGCGCACACGCCGACACAGAGAAGUAGCUUUUAGACAAUCGUACGAUCGUCAUCGUGACACGCCUCACACACAUAGACACACUGGUUGGAGGUGGUUGCAUCGAGGAGAAGAGGGUCGAGUCGAGGAAAUGGAAUGGAAAGUGAGAAACAGAUCACACACAUACACAGUGAAGAAACACGUUCGUUUUUCCCCGGUGGUGCCUUUUCGAGAUCAGGCCCGACUCUCCCCUCUUCGCCCAUGCAACGCCGACGUAUACUAUAUAUAUAUAGUUUUUCCGAGUAAAACCGAUAUGAAAAUAUGCAUACAAGCUCAGAACUGAGCAUGGUCCGGGGAAACUAGAACAAAAUAAGAUUCCUUCGUAAUGUUUAGUAUCUAGCAUGUUGUGUACACUGGUUCUGCGUUACUUCACAAUUGAUUCGAUUCGAUCCAACCGAUCCUGGGCCUUCGGGCGGCGUCGUCGUCGCGGAGACGGGGGGCAGGACGAGCAGAAAUUGGGACGAAUGAAAUCAAUGGAUAGAAAGGAAAAAAAAGAAACCGAGAAUGAAAAGAAAACGGUAGAGGACGUCGUGUGUGUAAUUAAAACGUUCGAUCGAGAACGAAGUUCCUUUUGAAUAACGGUACGCGCGGUUUUAGGGUGUUGUGUAUCCGCGAGAAAGAAGAGAAAGAAUGCCUAGACUAUUUUCUGCCGCAUGUUGUCUGUAUGGUAGCACGUAAAAAGCGACAAUAUUAAUCGCCCCUCCCUCCCCCACCCCCCUCAUACCUAUAUGUAGAUCUCCGAGUCGAGGAGUAUAGUGUUGUACCCGAGGAACAAGAUUCGUACUUCGACCAAGAGGAGACACGUUUCUCGUGUAUGUCGCGAUUCGAUCGAAAACCACUGUGUAUGUGUGUGUGUGUGCACACCAUAGCGAGGAUUAAACGUUUUCUGAACAGGAAACCUUAAGUAUUCGUCGGGGGUCGUUUUUUAAACGAAAGCAAAUAAGCAACGCGUUCACCGACGAGAUUAAUUUGUCUUCUUUUUUUUCGGUAAAAGCGUCCUGUACCGAUUCGGUACGAUUUAUACAUUCUUCUUUCCUCGGUCUAUACUUCACUCUCUCUUUCUCUCUCUCUCUCUCUCAACAUGUAGAGAUACGUUUACUACUUGUUUUGUUUUAACAACAGUGUACGUAGGACUUUAUCGCACGCGGAGAAAAAAGGGGUUGUAAUUUUUUAGAAACAUCGUUUAGGUAUUACGCGCGGGCUUUCUUCCUUUAUCC